AUGCCCAAACCUCCCGCCGUUGACUUCGACGACUGCGUGGGACUCAUCAGAGUCUACAAAGACGGCUCCGUCUGGCGCGCCAAUCUAGACAACCUCCCGACCGCCACCGACGACGACGACGAAGACGGAUCCGUUCAGUGGAAAGAUUACGUUUUUAACCCUAAGAACAACCUCUCCCUCCGCCUCUACAAGCCCUCCGCCGCCGCCGCCGCUGCCGCCAAACUCCCCGUCGUCUACAACAUCCACGGCGGCGGCUUCUGCAUCGGCUCCAGGACCGAGCCGUACCACCACGGCUGCUGCCUCCGUCUCGCCGCCCAGCUCCGGGCGGUGGUGGUUUCGCCGGACUACCGCCUCGCGCCGGAGAGCCGGCUCCCCGCCGCGAUCGAGGACUGCCACUCGGCUCUGGAGUGGCUCCAGCAUCGAGCCGCGGCUGGGGACGACACGUGGCUGAGUGACGUGGCGGACUUCGGGAAGGUGUUUGUUUGCGGGGAAUCGGCGGGAGGCAACGUCGCUCAUAACUUGGCGGUGAGGGUCGGAUCCGGGUCGCCGGAGUUGGGUCCGGUUAAGAUUAGGGGAUACGUGGUGUUGUCGCCGUCUUUUGGAGGCACGUUCGCCUAUUCCUAUCCAAACCUGUCUAACCCAUCGAAGCCGCGCGAGUUUUGGAAAUACUCGAUCCCAGUUGGAGACACGUGCGAUCAUCCGUUGGCGAACCCAUUUGGAGCCGGGACCGAACUGGUUGAACCGAUGGAGCUAGACCCAAUCCUCGUGGUUUCGGGUGGAAGCGACAUUCUGGUCGAUCGCAUCAGAGACUACGCCGAGAAGCUGAAAGAGCUGGGAAAGAGAGUUGAGUAUGCAGAGUUUGAAGGAGAGGUGCAUGGAUUUUUCACCUACGAUCCAGAGUCGAAAGCGUCGAGGUCGGUGAUGGAUCUGAUUAGGAAAUUCGUCACCGAGAAUUCGGACUGA